GGGACGUGAAGGCCCGAGCUCCCAAUCGGCGGCCGGACUUUCAGGCACGCUGCAGUUUCAGCCAAUAGGAGCCGAGGAGAGGCGCGGAGGGGGCAGGCCCCGCGGCUAGCCUGGCCGAGGCGCGAGGCCCUCCUCCCGUCUCUCCGCCUACUCCAGCCUCCGCUGCCUCAGCAUCCCGAGCGAGCCUUGAGGCCGCCGGAACAGCUCCCGCGGCGGAGCAGGAGCCGGAUGGUCAGAGGAGCCCGGCAGUCCCAGCAGCCGCGGAGUCGCCUGGCCCCCAGACUGACUGGCACAGUGGAGAAACUACCUCGAAAACGGAAAAGCAGGACUGAAUUUGCUCUUAAAGAAACCAUGUCCUCUGGAGGUGCUGAAGAUGACAUCCCCCAGGGAGAGAGGAAGACAGUCACAGAUUUCUGUUAUCUUUUGGAUAAAUCCAAGCAACUAUUCAAUGGGUUAAGAGAUUUGCCUCAAUAUGGACAGAAGCAGUGGCAAUCCUACUUUGGAAGAACUUUUGAUGUUUACACCAAACUCUGGAAAUUUCAGCAGCAGCAUCGACAAGUCUUGGAUAAUCGGUAUGGCUUGAAGCGGUGGCAAAUAGGAGAAAUUGCUUCCAAGAUUGGACAGCUGUAUUACCAUUAUUAUUUGCGAACAUCUGAGACCAGCUAUCUGAAUGAGGCUUUCUCCUUCUACUCUGCAAUCAGACAGAGAUCAUACUACUCUCAAGUUAAUAAAGAGGACAGGCCUGAGUUGGUUGUUAAGAAACUCCGAUACUAUGCAAGAUUUAUAGUAGUUUGUCUUCUUCUUAACAAAAUGGAUGUUGUGAAAGACCUAGUAAAGGAGUUAUCUGAUGAAAUUGAAGAUUAUACUCAUCGCUUCAAUACUGAAGAUCAAGUCGAGUGGAACCUCGUGCUUCAAGAGGUGGCAGCCUUUAUUGAGGCAGACCCUGUGAUGGUGUUGAAUGAUGAUAACACCAUUGUUAUCACAUCUAAUCGCCUCACUGAAACAGGAGCCCCAUUGCUGGAGCAAGGCAUGAUUGUGGGGCAGUUGUCUCUGGCUGAUGCACUCAUUAUUGGUAAUUGUAAUAAUCAGGUCAAAUUCAGUGAAUUAACUGUUGACAUGUUCCGUAUGCUGCAAGCCUUGGAGAGGGAACCAAUGAAUUUAGCUUCCCAGAUGAAUAAACCAGGAAUACAGGAGUCAGCUGACAAGCCAACCAGACGGGAAAACCCCCACAAGUAUCUGCUCUACAAGCCGACCUUUAGCCAGCUGUAUACUUUCUUAGCAGCAUCUUUUAAGGAGCUGCCUGCCAAUAGUGUACUUCUGAUUUACCUGUCAGCCACUGGCGUUUUCCCCACAGGUCGUUCUGAUGGUGAAGGUCCCUACGACUUUGGAGGUGUACUCACUAACAGUAACCGGGACAUUAUAAAUGGAGACGCAAUCCACAAACGAAACCAGUCCCACAAGGAGAUGCACUGCCUUCACCCUGGAGAUCUCUAUCCGUUCACAAGGAAACCCUUGUUCAUCAUUGUGGACUCUUCCAACAGUGUUGCCUACAAGAAUUUCACAAACUUGUUUGGACAGCCACUUGUCUGCUUGCUUUCUCCCACGGCAUAUCCAAAAGCUCUGCAAGAUCAGUCUCAGCGAGGUAGCCUCUUCACUCUCUUUUUGAACAAUCCUCUAAUGGCCUUCCUAUUUGUGUCUGGAUUGUCAAGCAUGCGUAGAGGCCUGUGGGAAAAGUGUCAAGAAUAUCUUCGAAAAAUCAACCGUGAUAUUGCCCAGCUACUGACCCAUUCACGUUCAAUAGAUCAGGCCUUUCUCCAGUUUUUUGGAGAUGAGUUUCUUCGAUUGCUUCUCACAAGGUUUGUCUUCUGUUCAGCCACCAUGAGGAUGCACAAGGCCUUUCGGGAAACUCGGAAUUACCCAGAAUCCUAUCCGCAACUACCAAGGGAUGAGACUGUGGAGAACCCUCACCUUCAGAAGCAUAUUUUAGAAUUGGCCUCCAUUCUGGAUGUUCGCAAUAUCUUCUUUGAGAAUCCCAUGCACGACUAUUAAAACCCUCUUGUUUAACUUCUUUCAUCUUCCACAGGUUUAAACGGUGCAGUUUUUAUGUGAUGACAGAGACCAUUAUUCAGUUUUUAUUUGUAAACUUAGGAACCACCAUUUUAAAAAUAAACUGAAAAAAGUUCAAACUUUUAGGGUAACUUUUAAAACAUAAUGUUUCAAAUCUUUUAAAGUCUCAAUCUUGAAAUUUUUAUUUUUGGUUUUGACAUUAUAUACUUACCUCCAACAUCUAAUCCUACAUUCAUAUAGGUACUAUUGCCUCCCUAAGAAGAAAAAAUUGUUUAUUUUUUUUACAUAAUGAGGACAAUCCAGAAGUUAUACUUGGACAUUUAAAUGUCUGGAUUUGAGAAAUAUCUAACUGUCCAUAGUGAUGAAACUGGCCACAUGGACUACUGAAAGUCAAGAGCCACGCCCUUCUGUAGAGUUUCUUCUCACUCCAUGCUGAUAGGCAGGAAAAUGAUGGACAAAGGGAUUUCUUGAGAUUGAUGAAUUUCAUCAAAGUUGUCAGAUUUUUAUAAUCUGUUUAGGGCUGAUUUAUAUCUGGAAAUUAAAUCUUCAAUUGGAACUUUGAGGUUGACAGACCUUACUUAGAAUGUGAAUACUAUUAUCAUGAGAUUUGUUUGUAUAUUUUAUUUUCUUUAUGGUCGUGAAUGCUGGAAAUACAAAGGAAAAUACUUUUAAAUAUUUCAACCAAAAAUCAAGUUGUUGGUUUCAUAAUCUUGCACUGUGUCCAGUAGGAUUUCUACAUAGACUUCAUCGACAGUAUUUGGCUUUAAAUAGUGUCUUGAUUUAUUCAUUGGUAUAGUCACUACACAGUUUCUUGUUCCUUUUCAUAUUCGAGUUUCCAAGGCAUCUGUGUCAGAGAUACUAUUAGUGUGAGUUGAGGAUAACUGGGCGUUAGGAAAGCAAAUCAUGAGUUCAUUUUAAUUUUGCUUUGACAGUUUGGAAAUAAGAUAUUAAAACUUUGUGUUUUCUUAAUUUUAUAUUAAUAUGCAAGUUUUUAUUAUUAUUUUAAAUAGGACUCAGUAUGUAAUGUAAAGGUUUUUAUGUGUUCUGCCCCUCCAUCUCCUUCAUAAUCUCAAAGGUACUAGCUGUGAAGAUUCCUUCCAUCUUGGCUUCUUUGGGUUGUAUGGCAUUUAAGCUCAGAAAUGCAAGAAUCACAAGACCUUCUCCCUAUUUUCUGUGUAGGUUCAUGAUCUAAUCCUGGCAGUUCCUGGAGAAAUGAGGUAGCUCUUUUCAGCACAUCUUUCCUGUGUCCCUGAGGAAAUGGUUAUGAGGUGUUUUAACCUGGUUCCCUCCUCUCCCCUAGAGCAUCACUUGAGUGUAGAUUGUAGCUCUUUCAGCUUCAGCACACUGAGUACGUGAACUCCGAGUUAUGGUUAGGUUGGGAGCUUGGGAUAGUUCAUUUCUUUUUAAAAUUGUUGUUUUGUUCUUUCAUUCAGUAUUUUUAAAAGCUUAGAAAAAGUUACUCUCUGGAUAGAGCCUUUCCAGGUGUUGGUUUUUCUUUUUAAAAAGUCUACUUGUGGGCGGGGGUGGCACACACCAUUAACCCCAGCACUUGGGAGGUAGAGGCAGGCGGAUCUCUGUGAGUUCAAGGCCAGCCUGGUCUACAGAGAAAGUUCCAGGACAGCCAAGACUACAAUACAGAGAAACCCUGUCUCAAAUAAACCAUAAUAUAUCAUGGUUUUCCUCCCCUAACUCUUCUCCUGGACUAUAGCAAUAGAUGUUCAUUAGCUGCCUGGCCUCUGGUCCAGUUUCCUUAAGUGCUGUGCUUACAGCACACACUUUACUGUUCCCUGUCCUGUGUUUAAUCCUUUUCUGCUAAACAUAAGAACCACUAGAUUCAAAACCAAGGUCUGAGUUCUGAUCCUGGCUUGUUUAGUAACUAGCAUGAUGCCCUUUGACAAAUAACUUCAUGUGUCUGCUUUUUAGCGCUCUUCUGUAUAGAAUACAGUCACUAACCCAAGGUCCUAUUCUUGUCUGUGACUCUGCAGUUUGGAGCCUUGGUUCCAAAUAUGUUGAUUUCCUCCCCAUUCCAGAAAAGUUGAUUUGUGUGUUUUUGGCACUAUAACAUCCUUUUUGUAUCAUGUUUAAUAAGAUUUUUAAAAAAAAGUUAUAGGUCCUACUUAGCUGCUUUAAGACUUGCUUAAAGAGAUUGUCCUGGAAAAAUCAGACCUUCCAUGAUAUAUGAAAUAUGUGUGUCUUAGAGAUCACAGUGUAAAUAUAGAUUAUUAUAGCAAGGGCCCUUAAACUAACAGUAAUGCAGCUCCUAACUGGUGGCUAAAGAUCUAAGUAGACCAGAACUAAGGCUGUAGUGUCAGUGUUUAGCAAAUACUGAGAAAUUCUGAGCUUGGUUUCCAUAACUAGGGAGGAAAAAAAAUUCACAAACAAAGAAAAAUAGUAGAAACAAUUCUGAACUGGAUGUGGUGAUGUGUGUCUAUAAUCCCAGUACACAGGAGGCUAAAGCAGGAGGGUUACAAGGUCAGGGCUAACCUAGAGUAUAGCAGAAGUCCAUCUCAAUAAUAAUUGAAUCUCCUGAGAGCAAAUCUGCAGUAGGAAACUUAAAGCUUUUUUUAAUCUGUGCUUUAAAAAAAAAAAAAACAUGUAUUGUACAGCUGCUGUGCACCACACUUUGUUUAUGGCACUUGGAAUGCAAGCAGAGAAGACUUAAAGAUCCUUGCCUUGAAGACAAAGAUUGUGGCGUAGUAGUAGAGCCUUGCGUAGAGUGCACACAGCCCUGGCUUCCAUUCUCAGCACUUAGAGGCAGGGCAUCAGGAGUUCAAGGCCACCCUAGCCAUACAGAGUGAGCUCUAGACCAGCCUGGGCUACAUCAGACCCCAUCACAAAAACAGAUUUGCGUGUACAUAAGCUCUGUUUAAUCUUAGAAUUUAUGAAAACUUAAAUAUUGGAACUAAAAACAGCAAAGCUGAAGAAGCAACAUUUUUUUUAGUCAAAUUGCACAAAUCUUGCUAUAGAUUCUAGUAAAGUUUCCUCUCUCUCUCUCUCUCUUUGAGGCAGGAUUUCUCUAGCUUUGGUGCCUGUCCUGGCACUCUCUCUGUAGACCAGGCUGGCCGCUAACUCACAGAGAUCCACCUGCCUCUGUCUCCCAAGUGCUGGGAUUAAAGGCGUGCAUUACCACCGCUCAGCCUAUAUUGCCAAUCUCUUAAAAAUCACUGCAAACACCAGGCGGUGGUGGCACACACCUUUAAUCCAGCACUCAGGAAGCAAAGGAAGGCAGAUUUUGAGAUCCAAGGACAUCCUGGUCUACAGAGCAAGUCCCAGGACAGCCAGGACUACACAGAGAACCUGUCUUGAAACACAAACAAAGAAUCACUGUAAACCAACUAAAAAGCAUCAAAGAGAUGGGUGCGAGAGACCUGUUGCACACAAAGCAAGGUGAAGCACAAUAGGACUUUCUUUGUCUCCAUACAUUUCUUACACAGGGCAGUCACCAUCCUGUUUUAUAGAAGAGAAAACUGAGGUGUUAGAAGCUGCUCGUUAUCCAGUGAUAGAGCUAUGAGAACACGAUCUCAUCUCAGCCCCCUCUCCCCUAGCUCAGGCUUCUUUCUGUCAUGAACAAGAGGGAAAAUUUUAGAGCUAUAUUAAUAUAAAAAUUAAGAUUCUCACGUAUUGGCUGUUGAAACCCAUUAGGAUGAGGCUCAGUCAUCCUUACCUGGCAUCUGCCAAGCCCUGUGUGUAAUUCCCGGUACAGUGGAUAUUCAUGCCGGUGAAUCAUUCACCUCAACACAUUUUUAUCAAUUAUAAAAUCAGAUGUUUCUUUCUUUGAUUUCAGUCAGGGUAUAUCUUUGUGUAAAUAUUUCCUUCCAAGGAAGUGGUGCUCUCGGGACCUUUCAAAGCACAGAAUUGAUUGUGCCCUUUAUAUUUUUUAACAAUGUUAAAAUGUUUCACAGUUUUGGAAUUGAGGUGUAAUUUGAUCUUGAGGUUUUCCUGACUUGGGGUUUGGGUGUGGAAUUUGAUUUUUAUUUUUUUCUCCUCUGACAUGCAGUAGAAUUCCCUUAUCUGGGUAAUGGUACUGAAUCUCAUUAAUGUCCAGGGAGAAGUCCAAGUCAGACUCCUGAGGCAGUUACAGACCCUUCUCUAGCGUUCAAGUCCAGUCUGUCUGUGUCUGAGCAAAGGCUUCAAGAUAGUUGAAAAGUCUCACUUAUCCAUGGAGACAUGUAAUCACCCCAAUAACCAGAGAAUGUUCUGGACUAGAGACACAUUAAGGUGCCAGUGUCUGGAAACUUGGCCCCUCCAGAAUCAUCUGUCCGCCCUGUGUGAGUAUAAGACUAUGAAUCUGAAUGCCUUGAGUUUCCUGGUAAUUUGGGAGUGAUUUCUGUUCUCUUGUUUAUUUUUGGAGAAUUCAAAGAGUAUUUAGGUUUAGGGCUCUUUUUUGAACUUAUUUAUUUGAAAUCCUUAUUUUUAAUGGCAUGUGUAUAUUUUUGUGAUGCUAAAUGCAAUCUCUCUAAACUUUGUAUAUGUGUGUAUAUAUCUGUAAAUAUCUUGGUAUGCAGUUAUAUACAGUGUGUGUAUAUUAUAUACCCAUACCCAUUGUGGGCUGAAUUUAUUUUAGUUCUGUGAGGACAUCAGAGUGGCAUUGUUCAUGCUACUAUAAUUAGGUUGUGGCUGGAUCUCAUUCACAAGCCUCAAUUUUAAGGGGCUUGUGUUGGGAUAAGAUGGGCUCCUUUGGAGUUGAAAUUAGGAUAUGAAGAUGUUAAGAAAAAACUGCCUAUUCUCAGCUUUAAAUUCAUUUGCCAACUUCAAUUUAAAUUGAUAAAUUUACUAGAAACCUGAAAACCUAAGUUUGUGAACUGAGACACCAGCGGAAUCUUAAUCUUUAUUAGUCCUUUAUUUUUUUAAGCCCAUAUUUGAGUGUUACUACUGAGUAGAAGAUUGUUUAUAUUAGGACUUUAGGAGCUGUUAGAAAUAGGAAAUGACUUUUAAGCCAUUCAAUAUCUGAUGCUAAUUUUUAAUUUUUGAAUUUUUUCCCAUGAAUAUAAUCAUUCUAUAUGUGUCUCUGAGGCAGAAGAAGGGGCAUUCGCUAAGGAAGGCCAAACCUCGGUAGGCUGGACAGAGGGGAGCUGGGUUGUUGAUUUGUGUGUGUCUGUAGCGGUGUCUGCUUAAGUAGACUUUUUUUUUUUUUGGUAUUGCAUAUCAAAGGUGAGUCUGUUCAUCUGAAAAAAUGCUUCCAGCAAAUUCAGUGCCUCCACUUUCAUUGCUGAGAUCUCUGGAAAUACUUUUGCUUUAUAUUUUUAUUUGUAUUUGGUUUGGUUUGAGGCAGGGUUUCUCUCUGUAGCCCUGGCUGACCUCUAACUCAGAGAGCUGCCUGCCUCUGCCCACCACCUUGCUUCCUCUACAUUUUGACCAUACAUUCACACUAGAAGUAGAUUUCUUAAUAUGAAGUGCCUGAGAGGCUCUCAAUUAAGCACGGUGUGUGACAAAGGUGCAUCUGUAAUCCCAGUUCUAGGGAGAAGGAGAUCCUAAUCGAGUUCAAGGCCAGCUUCUGCUGCAUAGGAAGUUGAGGAACAGUGUGGGCUACAGGAGACCCUGUCUCAAAUAUCCUAACAGAAAGACUUGGAAUAAUGGUGUUGAAGACCGUAAAAUUACAGAAAACGUGUACAAUGCCAGACUGUGAAUGUUGGGGAUCAGCAGAGUGUCUGCAUGAAUGAAUAUAAAGGGCAUCUAAACACACUUCUGUACAUUCACUGAGAAGAGUAGAGUUAUUUCUACAUUGUAAACUGUAACUGCAAGACAGCUUUCUACUCCAUUCUUCAAAUAAACAAAUCUCUCUUAUUAUUACAUUAAAAAAUUAAUUCAAGUCAGUUCUACCACUUCUAAAAUAAAGCAGCUAGUUAGUCAUAAUACUUUUCAAUUAUACUCUUGGUUAUCUUUUUCUUAAAAUAUAUUAAGAUGCAUUAAUGUGUUAUUUCUGAGAAAUCCUUAAAAAAAAAAUGUUCACAGGCUCUCACGUUGGUUAAGCGUCCAAACCUUUUAGCAGGUGGCAGAUCAUGUGUCGUUUAAACUUCAUGAAACUAGGGGCUGGUGGGAUGGCUCAGCAGUUAAGAGCACCUUUUUAGUUUUUGUUGUUUGUUUUUGUUUUGCUUUUUUGAGGCAGACUCUCUAUGUUGUACUGGCUGUCCUAGAGCUUACUAUAUAGACUAAGCUGGCCUUGAACUCACAGAGUUCCUCCAGCCUCAGCCUCCUGAGUGCUGAUAUUAAAGUCAUGCACCACAUCAUGCCUGGCUAAGAGGCCUCUUACAGGACCUAAAUGUCAUUCUUAGUACACACAUGGCUGCUCACAAUCUUUAGUUCUAGGACAUCUGACAGCCUCUUCUAGCCUCUGUGACGCAUAGACAUACAUGCAGGCAAAACACGCAUACACUUAAAUAUAUAUAUACAUAUAUAUGUAUGUGUAUAUAUACAUAUAUAUGUAUAUGUAUGUAUAUAUACAUAUAUAUGUAUAUAUAUAUAUUAAGCAUAGAAAGUAAGGUUGAUGUUGUGCCUGUUUUGUCCCAAACAGUUACAAAGCUGAUAACUUUGCAGUUGAAUAAAAUACAAAUUGUUGAGAAAACCAACCCUUUUCCCCACAUUCUCUUGAAUGCGUGUGAGCUGAUAUUGUAUACAGAGUCAACUCUGAGUCUUUCCUGAGAACUGGGACCACUUAAUUUAAUGAAAAUAAAAAGGUGAUUUAUCAUCCUUAGACUAAACCUUCCAAACAUAAAUCUCUGUUAGUCUCAUUUUCCCUGAGUUCUUUGAACACAGAAGUUAAUUUUCAACAUGCUUUGUAUUUAGUGGAGAAUAAUUUAUCUGUGGAUGUGAUAAACGCCUGCCUACAGGAAAGUAGUGAUACAGGAGAAUAUGUGAUUAGGUAAGCAUCAAUGUAUUUUUUUUAUUUAUUUAUUAUGUAUACAGUGUUCUGCCUGCAUGUGUGCCUGCGGGCCAGAAGAGGGCACCAGAUCUCAUUACAGAUGGCUGUGAGCCACCAUAUGGUUGCUGGGAAUUGAACUCUGGACCUCUGGAAGUACAGCCAGUGUUCAUAACCUCUGAGCCAUCUCUCCAGCCAAAGCAUAGAUGUAUUAAGUAUAAUUAAUUUGAUACUAUAGAAGAAGUAUUUUCUUUGGAAUUCUGUAACUAUGUUUUCAUAGGUGAAAAUCAGUAUACAAUUACUUUUUUUUUCUGUUAAUUUUUUGAGACAGGGUUUCUUUGUGUGACGGUCCGGAACUCGCUUUGUAGACAAGGCUGGCCUCAAACUCAGAGAUCUGCUGCCUCUGCCUCCUCCUAAGUGCUGGGAUUAAAGGCUUGCGCCACCGGUGCCCAGCUAUAGUUACAUUUUUAUUAAGCACUGUUAAUUAUUCAGAACUGUAAUACCAUUUCAUAAUUUUAAAAUGUUCCUUUCUUGAUUGCUGGUUUUUGUUUUUCAAGACAGGGUUUCUCUGUAGCUUUUGGAGCCUAGUUCCAGGACAACCAAGGCUACACAGAGAAACUCUCUCAAAACUCCCCACCCCCCAAAAAUAAACAUUAUAAAAUGUUAAAUGAUGUUACUCCUUCCCCAGUAAACAUUUCCGAACCACAGAGAAACGCCACUGUAUGUUUUCAAUAUUUUAACCCCCAUCCUCUUUUGCAUGCCAUUGAUUUUCUCUAAGUUAAAAGUGUGCAGUGGUAUAUUUAAAAUCUUCAGAGAAAAAAAUUAAAGUGUCAUACCAUAAUAAGUUUUGUUACUGUUUCCUGGAGAAUUGUUUUUUUUAAUAAUUCUCAAUUCUCAUUAAAUUACAUUGUGUGGUUCAGUACAGUAAUUCAGAACUUGGUUUUUGUGGCUUUUGUUGUUACUUUUCUUUUUCAUUUUUCAAAAAUAAGCUUUAUUUUUUUUUUCGGCUGGAGUCCUGUAUGUUAUGGAAUUCUUUCAAUAGAGGCAGAAAGGUCUACAUACUAAGAAAUGCAGAUAAGUGUCCUAGCACGUUCUUAGGAGAGAUGACAAGGGAAGGAAUUUCCCCAGAUAAGUUACGCUCAUUUUGUGGCACCAAUAUAAGUAGUAGUUGCAUUUGUCACUGAAUCACACGAAGUACUUAGACAUAGUUUAUUUUACUUUGCUGUGAGGAUUAGUAGAAUGUCACAGAACUUUGAUACUUUCUGAGCAGUUUCCAUUUAACUGUCAGUUAGCUUUAUUCAAAGUAUCACUAAAGUUAAUUUAAUCAAGCAAGAAUUUUUUAAAGUUGUUUGAUCUUCUUUACCCUAAAAAUUAUGGUGAAUCUAUUGUCUACAUUAUGUUAGUCAGAAAUGCACUUGUUGAAAUCAUAGCAGAAACUAUACUUGACUUUAUAGUAAUAUGAAACACUUUAUUUUAAAAAUGUGCUUGUCUGUAACUGAAAUGUUAUAGAAUUGUAACACUGUAGGAAUUAUAGAGUUAUAUUUAUUAGCUCUCAAGAGGUGAAGCACAACAAUUUUCAUGUAACAAUCCUUAUCCAAGUGCUCUCCGUCGUGCACAUAACCAAGCUAACCGGUUGUCUAUCUAGUUGUUCACAGAUCCCUACAUCCUUGAGACAGUCUUGCUCAUUUGUAUUAAAAUGGGGUAUUGUGACUUAAUACUUUAGAAUAAACCUGUCAAUCAGCUAGCUCUGUUAUACAGUAAAUUGUUCGAUUCACAAAGUUUAUGUGUUAAUGGUAGAUUUUGAAGACUAUAAUAUUAAGGGACAAUUAUAUUGUCAGUAUCAUUUGCCUUGAACAUUUGUGUUGCUGUAAAAGUCUUGUCUGUUGGUGUUUCUAAGUUGGUGAAAGUAUACAUUCUCUUAGGUUUUCUCUUUUGUUUUGUUUCUUCCCAGCAGUCAUUCCCUGCUUUUGUCUGUUACAAUUAACGUUUUUAGAGACUUUACAUAUUGACAAGUUCUUAAACAUUUUCUUGAGUUGAUCGCUUGACCCUUGUGUAAUUUGUUGUGCAGGAUGUGAGCCUUUCACUUCUAUACUACAUGAAUUUCAGAGUAAACACUGUGAUUCUGCAGAGCAGAUUCUGUAGGCGUUGCAAUGUGCUUUCCUGUUACACAGUGCCUAUCACUGAGGGCACUUAAAUACUAGAGGAUGGGAAAUAAAAUGUUGUUUUGAUGUUUGCUAAAUAACAAAAUUAAAGACUAUUUGGGUUUUGUGGUCAGUGUAAUAAAGAACUUUGCAUUGAUAAAUAUUCUCUAGGAAUGUGUAUACAUUCAUUAAGUGUGAACUCUUGUAAAUGAAUUUUAUAUCUUGAAUCGCGUAUAUAUUAAGUGUAUCAUCAAUACAAAAAAUAAACAUUA